AUGCGCGUGCUUUCUAAUGGCCUGGAGAAAGCGAGUUUGCCUUCAAGUGAGUCCGGCCGACCUCAAAAAGGCACGCCUUGUGCGGACGACGGCCAUGGCGACGCGGUAGACGUAGCUGCUACUUCUAGGGAGGAAGAGUAUGCUUUUGGAUCGACCUCGCCAGAUCAGGCAGGUGCAACCGAUAACAUCGAAAUUCAUCAAGAAC